GACGCGAUACGCACGUGCGUGCGUGCGCGCGCUAGCGGUAAAUACGCGAGGUGCGAGUAUUUAUAGCACGGAAUCGUAGCGCGAGAGGAGAACAUUGGCCGCCGCGCCGGUCGAACAAGCGCAGACGAGAGCUCGGAAAGCGUCGGCGCUCGGACAGUUCUUCCAAUCGGAUUUCCUGAUUUUCUUUUUAUUUUUGCAUUUUGUCCCCUCUAUCUCCUUUUUUUCUCACAACCACCGUGCACCCUUCCUGCACCUGGAACGUUUUUUACCUACCACCCAAACGGGGACGUACUUUUGAGCCCUUUCACGCGCCGUGGAAGCUUGUAUACUCAUGCAGGCAUACAUUGAUGAAACAAGUCAAUGCUUUGUAAUUAGAAAAUGUGUGCACACGAGUUACCUGAUUCCUUUAGAAAGAAGGAACUUUCGAACGCGCGACAAGAGCGUUUCACCGAAUUAUCGUUGGGACACUUCUUUUCUGGGACUCCCGACAUGACAUAAUUAAGUCAUCAAGGAAGUAUUACAUUAAUUCAGAUUCAGUCAGAAUGUUUAUAAUCUAUUAUAUAUUUUACAUGUCUGAAAAUCGAUACUCUUCUUUAUUUUAUUCCAAUAGAGCAUGUAAAAAAGUUAAUAAAUUUAAUAACUAAUUCUCAACGUGAUGCUUUCCAUUGGCACUCGUUAGUAACACUCGCUCGUAUUUUCUCUUUUACCUUUAUCACUCAAAGUAUACACAUUCUUUCUCAACGCGCGAGCGAUAUGAACUUCUAUGUGUACGUUUAUGUACACAUAUAUAUGUAUAUGUGUCUUUAUAUCAGCGCGUCACACAUCCUGUCGACCGAAACUAUUUCCUGAUUUUGCAGAAUGGAUUGGAAGAAUGUUGCAAGGCGGUGGCAAAACGGCAGAUCGAUGGCGAUGAGCUGCUACACUUGACGGAUGGCAAGCUGGUUCUCUGGAAGAGUGACCUCACGCGUUCUCUGAUAGGGCAAUUACGGGCAUUCGUACAAGAACUGAACAGGUCACCGGAAAAUUAUGUUAUGUUAGACAAGAUCACAGAAGCAGGAAGGAUACAAAACGACGAUCACUUCAACGACAACAGUUCCUGGGGAAGUUCCGAGUUUGAGGAUGAAAUGAUCGAGGAGAACGAACCCAAUGACACACAAGGGAUGAUCAUAAAACCGAGUCUAAUCAAGAACAGGCAAGCUCUGCUCUCGCGGAACAAUAGAGUGUCGUCGGGUAGUAGCACACCGACGUAUUCACCGAAGCGAGCGGUGGAGCAGGAGAGGGAAGAAAUUUACAUCAAUUAUGAAAACUUCACCGGUCAGGAUGAGGAGGAGAAUAUGUACACGAAUUGUGAGGAAACACAAUCGUUACCGUCAAGAAAUGUCUCAAAGCUGCACAGUCAGAUAGAGAACAGUUUGGCCAGCAAGUUGAAGGAGGAGUUGGAGGGACUGAAGCGUAGGAAUCAGAACCAAGCGACGAAGAAACCUAUGAUCGGCCCGAAACCGGAGGCGCUGUCAUCGAGGAAGAUCCCGAUGAUGGGCGUCGACAAGAAACUUCCACAGAAAUCUUUCUUGCACGACGCGCCAAAGACGCAUGAACACGUUCCUAAUGCAUCAACGGAACAAAACAAAACGCAAAAAAGGAUGGCCGUGCCACCACCGUCGAAGCCCAAGAAUAACAAGGACUACACAUUCAUGAAACAUAAGAAAAUAUUUGAGAAGGAAUUACCGAAACCACCGCCACCUCUGAACUUAGACCUGCUCGCGAAUUUGCCGGCGCAAACGGAGGAUGAGAGCCAAGACGAGUACGAACCUCUCGACGACAGCAUAAUCAAGCAGGUGCAACAGAUGUCGCGGGUCAGCAGUAAGCAGUCGUUGCACAGCGGGUACCAGGGAUCGGUUGAGAGCGUUUACAAGCCACCCAGCGCCACGAGCUACGAGGAGCAGGAGAUUUACAGUUCCAUUACGGAAGCGCCGGAUGACGAUGGUUACGAGAGCCCUAUCCAAAGGAUAAGCGAGACGCAGCAGAGACCACCGCCCUUACCUGCCAAGCCGUCGCCGACCUCGAGCCUUCCUAAUAGGACCAAAGCGAAGUUGGAUAAAGCCAAAGAGCGAUCGCCAGAUAAAAAAUCACCCACUGUACCUCUACCUAGUUAUAAUACUUCGACCGAAAGAGCUACACGCCCGCUACCACCACCGCCAGAAAGGCAGUCUUACGUGGACAAGUCCUGGUUCCACAAUGUCACGAGAGAACAAGCGGCUACUCUCAUCAGAGACCCACGUACUUACAACAACCCACAAGACGGAUACUUUCUUUUGAGACCGUCGACUACAAAUCCCGGCAAUCCUUUAGCGUUAGUCCUCUGGUAUAAGGAUAGAGUUUACAACGUUCCGGUUAGGAAACGAAGUGACAACAGAUACGCGCUGGGUUCCGUGAAAGUAAACGAGCUGUCGUUUUCGGCGGUCGAGGACAUUGUGACGUUUUACAUGAAGGAAGAACUAAUGCUCUACAGCGGCGGUAUCCCGACCGGAAGUACGAGACUGACUGAUACACCACCAAAGCAAUUUUAAUUAAUUUGCUACGAUCAAGUAGUAGUCCCACUACAAGAGGGAAGGAUGAAAAUCUUCAUCUAUAAAAGUUUUACUGCCGAGCAAAUACUUUUGCUAAACAUUACAACGAUAUCAAAAUGUAUAAAUUAGCGGGCUGACGAACAAAAGUUUGAGCAGUGCCUUCGUGUAUCUAAAACGAACAUUUAAGUGAACGUUUAAGUUAAUCGUAAUCUCUCGUAAAUUAUUAUUAAAGAAUUUUAUAAUUAAGUUAGGUAUUAUUAUGACAAGUUUUGUUUAUCUGUGGUUCAAUAUUUAUCUCUGCCUUCGAUAAAGUAAACUCGAGUAUUGGACGCGAUAGAUAGAUCUCUUUUGGGAAAUAUAUAUAUUUAUGUAUACAUAUUUUUAAUAUAUAUUAAUCUUCCGUGUUAAUAUAUUAUUGGGUGUCUCUCCGGUUCUACGAAGCUCUUGCAUUUGUAUCCGUUUUAAAAGUACGGAUUCCGAGUACUGAGAGUACUGAAACUUACUGCUAAAAAUCUUGAAUCCUUCAUAGCUGCUCUGUCGGUACUUCGGAAUUAAAACGGAUAUGAAAAAAAAAAACAAGUGGAUCUCAUAGAACCGAUUGCGAAGGUACUUUGGUGGCUGCGCCGAAUUUACGGUUGACAUGUAUACACGUACCUAAAAGGGUAAUUUUGUACGCGGUAAAACUGAGGGACGACUGAUUCUUUAAGCACAGAUCAUGUUGCAUCGUUAUAUUGUCUUUUGUCAGUAUUUUUAUAUAUUCGUUGGAGUAAUUGCCGGGUAAUUGUUCGCGAGCACGUGGGAUGUUCUGUGCCUCUUGGAGCGUCGCUCUCGAGAGAUCAAUGUGAUGACAUAUGUAUUAUCAAGACUUUAUUAAACCUUUCUUAGAAAACAGGA